AUGACCGAUACUGCCAACGAUGAUAUAAUUGAAGAAUUCGGUGCCAACCCUGGCGUCGAUGUCGAGAUGGCAGAGAGGACUGGGGUUGCUACGGACGCUGGCAACGGCGACCGCUCUGAGCUGCCCUUUGCCGGCGAGGACACCGUCGUCGAGCUAGAGUCUACUCGCACACCCUUCAUCGACUACUUGACCAGUCCGGUCGUCACCCUCAUUGUCGGUUCUGAAUUGAACGAAACCACCCUCACUGCUCACCAGAGCCUCUUGAUCCAGAGUCCGUACUUCCAGGUGCAAUGCGACAACUUCAGUGACGACGGCAGCCCCCGCCAGCUCGAACUUCCCGAGGAGGACAUGGACGCCGUCGGCUGUUUCCUCGAGUACCUCUACACCGGCGAAUACUUCCCCAAGAAGCUGCCCGGUCAGCGCACUCUCGAGUCCGACGCAUCCAUCCCCGAGGUCGACGAGACUGGCGAACAGCUCUUAAAACACGCCCGCGUCUACACUCUGGCCGAGAAGUUCCAGGUCCCGAGCCUGCGGACCCUCGCCAGCUCCAAGAUUCACUGCGUCAACUCCACCGCCAAGGGCGAGAUCGCAUACGCCCAAUACGUCUAUGCCUACACGCCCGACGCCGACACAGCCAUCCGUGCCCCAAUUGCCAAUUUCUGGGCCAGCCGCUCCCACACCUUGCGAGCCGAGGCCGAGCCCGAGUUCAAGGCCCUCUGCCUGCAGUUCCCGCAAUUCGGUUACGACGUCCUCACCCGGGUCCUCGACGAGAAGCUCAAGCGCGAGACCAACGCCAAGAUGCACCCCGGGACGCCUGGCAGUGCCCGCAAGCGACCGCGUCACAGCAACACCUGA